UUGCUAAUUUCAUUUCUGGUGUCAGUGAAAUGUGUAAUUGUUGUAACAUGUUGUGUUACUAUAAAUGUUGCACCACUAGACUGCAGAGCAGAGUGUUUCCCACCAAACUAUGAGACUUUUAAAUCAAAUGAAUCCUCAAUGGAAUAUAUAUAUAUAUAUUUAGAGUUUGCUUCUGUUUUCCAAUCUAUGUUUGUUUUUCUAUACUGUAUAUUUUCUGCUAUGUAGCAGAAAGGAGUUACAAACCACAUGUUAUUUUAAAACCCUGUUCUAAUGUGACCAUUAAACCUACCUUGUACCUUGUAUCAUUUCCGAUUGCAUCUGGAGGCUGAACGGAGGAUGACGAGACAGGAAGAGUUCCUAGUACAAGAAAACAAUUUCAGAAGGAAUGCUUUCUUGAUUAUCGAUUACAUAGUGAAUCGGAGUCCAGAACCUUCAGCGUUAGUGGAUGAGAUUCUUCACAGCAUCUUCUUCUUGGGAAACAUCAAGGCUCCACCAUCAUUUUCACCUACAGAAAUUGUGACCGAUCAAGACAUGCUCAAUGCCUUGAGGCACCGCUACCCUCAGCCUUUUGAACGCUAUUCCUCUCAAGUCCCCAGGCGAUGUCCAAUGUCAUGUGUGCUCGACAUGACUGUAGCUCUGAACGGACAAGAGAAUGAAAGAGCAAUAAUUGAUAGUGUGCUUAAUCUCACCGGUCAACUGAGGGGUGGCCCAAAGCAUCUGGUCUCCUCCACCAUCUGUGUCUCCCAGAAUACUUCAGACAGGUACUAUGGAGUCUCCAUGUCCACUUCUGGCCCUCUUCCCGGGAAAAUCAUGAUUGCGGCGUCCUGUCUUAGCACCUGGGACAGUAACGUAGCUGGUGCAGUGAUGACUUACUAUUCAAAUAAUGAAAUGAAUACAAACUUUGAUGGAACCAUCAGACUUCCAGAGCAAAUCAGGUGCCAGGCGUUUAGCUUAAAACCGCGUGAAAACCUGUUCAUGCCUUCUUGCAGAUCAUGUCAGGAUUUGUUUGGUUUGACAGCAAAUAACAGUAGAAACUUUCCCUAUGGCAACUGUGCUGAAGUUGAAAGUUUGAGCAACUUGCUUAAAAAUGAGAGUGAGACAGUGAGAGUGGAGCAUGCUGAAACAUGGACAGAUGAGAACAGGCAGCAGGUUGAACUUAACGUCAGGCAAAUGCUUACAAAUCUUCUGACAGACCAUGGCUUUACAUGGGAUAACAAUUUCUACACCCCAGAGGUUUGAUCUUCAGGGAGGUCUUAUGGUCCAUUAUUAUAAAGUGACCAGAUCGAUCGUGCUGAUUUUGAUCAGUAAAAACUUCUCUGUAACCAUAGGCAGUUAACGCUGCAUCUGUUUUUUGUGGAUCUGAAUUUCAUGUGACCAGAGCUGUCAAUUUAUCGUGCUUUUAUCAUCACAAAUUGUUAAUGCUCCAGCUACUCGCUCCUAUAACAAUAAAGAAAGGAAUACAUGGCAAAACAUUGUAAGCCAGAUGUCUGUUAACUGUUUGAAUUAAGCAUGCAGAAGAUGCAAAUGUUGAUGUAUUGAUCAUGUUAUUAACAAUAAAUAAUGGUGGGGUAAA